AUGCCUGUGAAACUGAAACAUAAGAACAACAUCCAGAAACUAUGGUUUUCUAAGAAGCGAAAUGAUGUCAUUCGAAAAAGUAUGGUAAAUGUUUUUAUCCUUAAGUAUACCUAACUCCUGUAAAGACCCGAUCACACUUGCAAUUUUCGCUGCGAUUUCAGGGUGUUAGCCAGAAAAAAAAGUUUUGUCCGUUAAACGUAAAUUGGGAAAGUUUUUUUGACCGAUCAAAGUCCUUGUGUAGAAAUAAAUAGUUGUUUUUUUUUCCAACGUGUUUCUCCUUAGAUGCAAACAACGGUAACUUGGUUUUGUACACUGAAACCAUACCGGUGAAUGAACACUGAAAAAUGCACCCGAUGGCAUUUCGUUUUGUAUAUUUAACUUCAAUGAACAUGGAUGCACACCGAUUACACUUUGUUUUGUACAAAUAAAACGUUCUUUGAUAUAAUAAUAUAAAAUCAAACGCAAUGCACUUUCUCAUCAGAAAAAAUGAAAAUCUUCCAGUAGACCCAGUUGGGAAAGCCCCUUAGCUACUUUAAUUGACCAUUUGCGUAAUAGACUAAAUUUUGAACUAAACAAGUCCAGACAAAAAUUUCAUCACAGCUUGAAGGAGCAUCACAAAAUUAGUAAUAUUCCAAAGUUUCGUUGCAAAAUGUUGUAAAAUGCGGAAAAUAUAGCCUUGCGAAAUUUGCAAUUUUCAGUCAUUUUAGAUUACAAACGGGAAAUCGACAGCCCCAAACCCUUCGAGGCUGUCAAUUUCCGGUUUGUAAUCUAAAAUGACUGAAAAUUGCAAAUUUCGCAAGGCUAUAUUUUCCGCAUUUUACAACAUUUUGCAACGAAACUUUGGAAUAUUACUAAUGUUGUGAUGCUCUUUCAAGCUGUAAUGAAAUUUUUGUUGAGAUCAAAAUUUAGUCUAUUACGCAAAUGGUCAAUUGGGAAGAGUCCGUCUUCCGGACAGUAUAUGGGCUAGCUAACACCCUGGAUUUCUAGUGCGAUUUUCGUCUUCUGAUGGAUGUGAACGAGUGGAUGAGCUAUGAAUGUUCUGAGUUCAUGUACCCUCAUCUCAACAUUCAUUACAUAUCAUCUCCUCAUUCAUAUGGCGUAAAAAAAACUCCUGUGGUUAUUAUUUUUAUUAUUAUUUUUUAAAAAUAUUUUAAAGCGGUAGCUCUUCAAGGCUCGUAGGCACCUGUACUAAGUUUGAAAUUCGUUGUCUUGAACCAAUAAUCAUGUAUUCAGUUUUAUCUUUGUUAAGUGUAAGUUUGUUUGCAAGUAACCAUUGGUGUAUAUUUUCUAAGUCCACGUUAAUGCGUUCUUGUAGUUCGUCAUUUGUUUUGCCAUUGGUUGAAACAUUUGUGUCAUCGGCAAACAUGCUUGCUAAAGAUGAGGUCAGGCAGUUUGGCAGGUCGUUUAUAUAUAAUAAGAAAAGAAGUGGCCCAAGAUUAGAACCUUCCGGUUUCAUAUCGUGAAAAAAUUAGGGUCGGUAGGUCGGAAAUAAAUUUUUUUUUUGAAUAUGUUUUUCAUGGUUUUGGUGGUUUUUUGCUGGGCGAUUUACAGUAGAGUCCUGGCAUCAAUAUUAACUAGAGAUUCGUAUUUCCUAUGGACGAAUUUAGGCAAUUUGGUUCAAUAAUUAGUGUGACAACAGACGCCAUUUUGCCACGCUGUAUGAGCAGCCUGCAACCACCUGGAGAAAAUAGGGUCGCACGGUCAAUCGCGUUGAAAAAAUAAUAGUGUCGGCAGAAAAAAAAUAGGGUCGGUCGGGAACCGGAACCACAGGUAUUUUUUUACGCCUAUUCAUCAGAAGAGGAAAAUCGUAAGUGUAAAAGGGCGUUAAGUGUCAUCAUUGUGUAAACUUGACCACCAUUUGCUGCUCUGUAACGCUCAUCAAAACUAAUACUUACUCCAACAAUUCGUUUUCAGUUUCCGCAAAAGAAGAAGCGAUUCGCGGCCAGCUCUACGCGGGGAUUGACGUCAUCACAGGCCAUGGUGUUGGUCUAUCAGGGGCGAGCCUGGGUGUCCUGAACAUGCUACCAUAUAUACAUGCGUUUGACACGAAGACUGGCAUGCCUUAUGUUUGUGAUCCGGACAAGAAGAAGCCUGAUAAGAAGAUUGACAAUCGAUGGAAGAUGAUUGUACCGCCUUGUCCUGAUUUCAAGAAAUGUUUGUUCCCGUGGAAUGAAG